CAGUGUCCUGGUCCUGUGCAGCUCCCAUGUUCCCGUUCCUGUCCCGCUGCGACAUGGCCCUGCGGAGGGUGCUGGCGCUGGGGGCAGCCCUGGGGCGCCGCCGCUGCUGCUCCAAGCCCUCGCUGUCCCCUGACUUCGUGGAGGCCCUGAGGGCCGUGGUUGGGGCCCCCAAUGUCUCCACGGCCACAGCAGUGCGGGAGCAGCACGGCCACGAUGAGUCCAUGCACCCCUGUGCCCCCCCGGACGUCGUGGUGUGGCCCCAGGCAGUGGGGCAGGUGCAGGAGCUGGCAGCCCUCUGUCACCGCUGCCGUGUGCCCAUGGUGCCCUUUGGCACGGGAACCGGCCUGGAAGGAGGCGUCAAUGCUGUGCAGGGCGGCGUCUGCUUUGACCUGAGCCGCAUGGACGCAAUCGCAGAGCUGAGCCUCGAGGACUUCUCGGUGACAGUGGAGCCCGGAGUCACCCGCAAGGCCCUCAACAAGCACCUGCGUGGCACCGGGCUCUGGUUUCCUGUUGGUACAGUGGGCAUAAGCGUGGUCAUGGGGCUGGAGGUGCCAGCAGUGAAAGUGCUGGGGCUGAGGACACGCUUGAGGAUCUGUGGACUGUGGGGAGUCCAUAGGUGUGCUGGGAUUCCAGGGCAGUAGCAGAGGAGCCUCUAGGACUGAGGGUGCCAUGGUUCCUGAGGUUCUGGAUGGGAUGGAUAACUAGCACCAGGAAUGCUUGGCGUCGGGUGUACCAUGCUCUCUGCUGCCACACCAAACUCGUAACUGCCAUGGUGGCCAUGGCCGUGGCAUGGUGCUGUGAGGGACAUGCACCCCAUAGUGGUUCAGGGCCCAUGUGGCCCUAUUGCCCUGCACUGCCACCCCGCAUUUCCCCCAACCAUCUUAGGCUCACCCCUUGUGCACCUCCAGUCUCCAAAGGCUAGGAGAUCUUUUAGGAGGACAGGAUCUCCCCCGUCCUUCCAAAGGGCCUCUCCCUCACCCUAGCAGGCACAUGCAGAUACCCAGGAGAUAAGGGGUGUUUCUAGGCAAAUCUUUAUACUGCUGAGGGACUUGGGGCCAAGUUUUGGAGGGGGCUGCCACUUGGUAGCUCCGGGAACCAGCGGAAGCUUCCCCUCUGUUCAAAAGGCACCAAUUUCAGUUCGCGUUUCGGUUACAGCUGGUACUGUAGCACAACCCGAGACGUGAGAGCGCACAGGUUAGCCCCUUCCUGCCCCAGCAGCUCUCCACCACCCCUGACUCCCCUGGGGACCUCUCUCCCCAGCCUCCAGCACACAAA